AAAAGGACGAGGAUGGGCAACUGGGCGCUGGAUCUCGUUAUCGGGACUACUGUGCUCCUCGGGUGGAUAAUAAUAACGGGUGGGACCACAGCAGCACUUGAGGUACAGGAAGAGUUGAAGCACCACGGAAGAUGUGAGCCAAUAACUAUUAAUUUGUGUCUGCACUUGCCUUACAAUGAGACAAUAAUGCCCAAUCUGCUGAAGCACCAGAAGCAGGAGGAUGCAGGUCAGGAUAUCCAUCAGUACGCCCCGCUGGUUAAAGUUCACUGCAGUCCUGACCUUCGUUUCUUCUUGUGUCUGAUGUACGCGCCAGUUUGCACUAUUUUGGAGAAACCAUUGCCACCUUGUCGGUCUAUCUGCGAGAGAGCCAGAGCCGGCUGCGAGAGGAUCAUGAGGAACUUUGGGUUCCAGUGGCCACCGAGUCUCGAGUGCUCCAAACUUCCCGAGUAUGGUGACCCUGACGAACUCUGUGUGGGAAACAACGAGACGUCUUCAUCGUCAAGACUGUCAACGACGAUCCAGCCUCCUCAUAGGAUGAGACCUGCCUGGAAUGACGGACACAUCCCCUACGCAGGAAAUGCAAUUGCUGUUCCAGAGUACGAGAACAGAAAGUUUGUCUGUCCGGUUCAAUUUCACGUGCCUGAAAGCUACGGCUAUUCCCUAAACUUCAAGACAAAGCCAAUUCCCAAUUGUGCUGCUCCGUGCAAUGAGAUGUUUUUCACUGAACAGGAAAAACAGUUCGCCAGAGUAUGGAUCGGGACUUGGGCGUCGAUUUGUGCUGCUUCGUGCUUUUUCACUUUCUUGACCUUCCUAAUAGACAUGGACAGAUUUAGAUAUCCCGAGAGGCCUAUAAUAUUUUUAUCGGUGUGCUAUCUGAUGGUUGCGCUGGUAUACGUCGUGGGAUGGGCCGCAAAAAAUAACAUCGCCUGCAGACAGCCUCUCCCACCGCCUGAUAACAUGCAACAAGUGCAAAUGGUAUCUACGAUAACACAAGGAACUAAACACGAGCUCUGUACUCUGCUAUUUAUGGUACUUUAUUUCUUCGGGAUGGCAUCAAGUAUAUGGUGGGUCAUUCUCACUCUCACGUGGUUCUUGGCUGCUGGAUUGAAAUGGGGACACGAAGCUAUUGAAGCUAAUUCGCAGUAUUUUCAUCUUGCUGCUUGGGCUGCUCCGGCUAUUAAGACAGUCACUAUUCUGGCUUUAGGCAAAGUUGACGGAGAUGUGCUCUCUGGAGUAUGUUACGUUGGGAUAUGGAAUGUUGACGCGCUGCGUGGUUUUGUUUUGGCUCCUCUGUGCGUUUAUCUGGUCCUAGGAACAGCUUUCCUCUUAGCCGGAUUUGUCUCACUGUUCCGCAUUCGCACGGUGAUGAAACACGACGGUACCAAAACAGACAAACUUGAAAAGCUAAUGAUACGAAUUGGCAUUUUCUCGGUGUUAUACACCGUACCAGCGCUGAUUGUCAUCGCCUGUCUGUUCUACGAGCAAGCAUACUUUGACGACUGGAUGUUAACUUGGCACGACGACAUGUGCCGAGGACAAGUGACGAAAGCUUACUACUCAAUACCCUGUCCAUUCAGCAAAGGACCGCCAGAACCAGUACGUCCAGAAUUUCCGGUAUUUAUGAUAAAAUAUCUGAUGGCAAUGAUCGUAGGUAUCACCAGCAGCUUCUGGGUAUGGUCUAGCAAGACUCUUACCAGCUGGAGACAGUUUAUAAAUCACAUACGGGGCCGUCGCGUUGAGGCUUACGUUUAA